UACUACGGAGCUAAAGUGUGCCGUCGUCUAUUUCUUUUAUAUUUGACCUUUGACCUUUUUUUUUUUUUUUCCAACGCACGCAAUAAACUUAAUAACAGACGCAUAUUUAAUAGAAGAUAUUUCACGCUGCAAAAUCAAAUGUAUAUAAAUGUCAAUGGUCAAGUCAUAUUUCUAGUUAGACAUUACAAACUCAUAUUUCGUCACAUCAUAUUUGACAGUACACGAUUAAAUACAAUGUUGGAUAUUGUUAAAACGAGUAAGUCAUUGAAUAAUAAUAAUGAGAAAAUUGGACCGCAGGGAGAAACGCGCGCUGUCGCUUUCAUAACGUUACAAAGUACAAACGCAAAUAUAAUAUCAUAUUUCAAUAAUCGUCCAAAUAAUACGCUAAAGUGGGUUAACACGUGUUCACUCAUCACGUGCACGUGUGGCGCAGGCGCGCGUGUGUUGCAGUCUGCCGGACGUGCACGCGCAUUGUCCCGAUCGUCCUCUUCAUCAUCGUCAUCGUCGCCAUCACCGACGACGGCGGCGGCGGCGGCGGAAGCGAACUCGAGCGUGACAAUGACGUCGGCGGUUCCGGUGCGGAGGAGACGAACUCUGCCGUCCGCCUGAGCGCGCUCGCCCGCGGGAUGCCUGGCGGACGCCGCCCCGCGCGCCCACGCUCGUCGCGCUGACUCGAACCUGGCCGUCCAUGGCUUUGGCGCGGAGAAGAUGGAGGCUUCUGCUGGCGCUCAACGCGCUGGCGGCGGCGGCCGGGAUCGUGACGCUGUGGAGCCGCUGCGGAGAGCGCGCGCAGGGGCCGGGCGACGCCGAGCGCGCGAGGCCGAGCCGGGCCAACGGAAGCGCCGGCGUCAGCCAGCGAGCGCUGCUCAAGAGGCUGAGCGCGCUGGAGGACGUCGUGUACAGGCAGCUGAACGGUCUGUCCAAGUCUCUGGGCCUGACGGAGGGUUUCGGGGGCCGGGGGGCCGGCGGCCUGCCCGCCAGCCUUUCUCCGGGUGAGGAGGGCGACGCCAAGUACCUGAGGGACAAAUACGGCUACGACGCCUACCUGAGCGACACCAUCUCGCUGGACAGAAACAUCCCCGACCACAGACCCAGCAGGUGCAGAGAUGUCAGCCACCCCCGGGAUCUCCCCCAGAUGGCGCUGGUGUUCAUCUUCGUCAACGAGGCGCUGUCCGUCAUCCUGCGCUCGGUCCACUCGGCCGUCAAUCACACGCCGGCCCACCUGCUCAAGGAAAUCAUCCUGGUGGACGACCGCAGCGACGACGAGCAGCUGAAAGGACCUCUGGAGGACUACGUGAAUAAGCGCUACCCCGGUCUGGUCAAGAUCGUCAGGAACCACAAGAGGGAGGGUCUGAUCCGGGCCAGGAUCGAGGGCUGGAAGGCGGCCACCGCCGAGGUGACGGGAUUCUUCGACGCCCACGUGGAGUUCACGCCCUUCUGGGCCGAACCGGUUCUGACUCGAAUCAAGGAGGACCGCAGGAGGAUCGUCCUGCCGUCCAUCGACAACAUCAAGCACGACACCUUCGAGGUGGAGCGUUACGAGAACUCGGGCCACGGCUACAACUGGGAGCUGUGGUGCAUGUACAUCAGCCCGCCGAAGCAGUGGUGGGACGAGGGCGACGUGGCGGCGCCCAUCAGGAGUCCCGCCAUGAUCGGCUGCUCCUUCGUGGCCGAUCGGCUCUUCUUCGGCGAGCUGGGCCUGCUGGACCCUGGCAUGGACGUCUACGGGGGAGAGAACAUCGAACUGGGCAUCAGGGUGUGGACGUGCGGCGGCAGCAUGGAGGUGUUGCCGUGCUCACGCGUGGCUCACAUUGCCCGCGUGAAGAAGCCGUACCACAGCAACAUCGCCUUCCACAUGCGCCGCAACGCCCUGCGCGUGGCAGAAGUCUGGAUGGACCACUUCAAGUCCAACGUCUACCUGGCCUGGAACAUCCCCACGGAGAAUCACGGCAUCGACUUCGGAGACAUCUCUGAGAGGGUGGCGCUGAGGAAGAGCCUGCAGUGUAAGAACUUCCAGUGGUACCUGGACAACGUUUACCCUGAGAUGAGGACGUACGACGACACGCUCUACUACGGCGAGAUCCGCAAUUCCAAAGUGAGCCACUUGUGUUUGGACCAGGGCGUGAAGGAGAACCACACGGCCACCCUGCACCCCUGCCACGGCUGGGGUCCCCAGUUAGGACGUUACACCAAAGAGGGUCGUCUGUUCCUGGGCCCUCUGGGCAGCACCGGAUCGGACACGCGAUGUGUGGCGGACGAUCCCGCCAGCGCGUUGCCGCAACUCCUGGACUGCGACAAAGACGAGGGCCGACGCCGCGCCGAGUGGAUUUUCACUCAGGUGACGGCUUCCUCUGGCCGAGGGCGGUUCCCUGGUGAACUCCGCCACGGGCCGCUGUCUGGAGGCGGUGCCCGCCAACGUGUACUUCGGCCACCGGGCGGUGCUGCGGCCCUGCUCCGGGCAGCGCUGGACUAUGAAGAACACCGUGACGCCGUGGACACAGGCGUAACGGUAACAGUGGCGUUUACCCGCCUCACCCAAGCGGGAUGUUGCCGUGAGCCAGAUAGUGCGGCUGUUGCGGCUUCGCACAUUCAGAUAUUCGGUGACGAUCUCCUCGGCCUCGACGUUGAGAACAUUUGGGGAUUGACUUCUACGGAACGCCAUCUCGCAUCGGGACUUUACACGCUGGGAAAGAAAUGAACCUGGAGGAGCCGCGCGAAAGAGGAGCCGACCGCGUUCGCAUAAAGACAUCAUUUGACGACUAAAACCUAAUGAUUAAAACUAGAACUGACCGUUACACUGAAUGUACUUGUUGUGAUGGGCGGGAGCCCUGCGGUCCCGUCUCGGGGUCAUCUUUUUUUUCUUCUCCAAUGUCGGUUGCUUGGGGUCGCCGUGCUGAAGCCGUUUUGAGGGCUUCGUUGCCUCAUUUCCAGCCCGUGGCGACAUAUUAUGCAGAGCGGGUUUGGCGCGUGCCAGUUAUUGUCGAUAUUGUCUGAUAUUGUUUCAUUAUUCUGCCUGUUGGAUUUUUUUUGAAGAAAUCUCUCCAGACGUGUUUGUUUUUAUUACAAAUUUUUGCUGAGCUUGGGGGCGUACCUUUUUUCCAUUUCGCUUGACCGAGUUGAGUGUUUUGACAGACGCACGGCCGGAUGCACCAAAUUUCCAAAAUAAAACUUCUUUUGGACUCCGAUGAGCAAUAAAAUAUUUCUCCCUUUUGCGUCCUCGGUAGCGGUCGGCGGGCCGGUGGCUGGGGAGAAUUUCAUAAUGUUUGUAAACAAUAGGGGGAGGGGUAUGCUUCCAGGUGGCACAAAACCACUGACCCGUAGUGAAAACCAUGCCAAAAAAGCCCGCUAAAGGAUCCGUUUUUCUGGUUGUUUUUUUUUUAACUUAAAAGCAAAAUCGAAAUAAAUCCAGCGGAAUCUGGCCUGCCAGUUUAUAGACUAGAGCGCACGAUCCAUUUCAGCGUCAAAUAAGAAACGUCCAAUAAUUCUACAGUCAGUUCUCAGCGUUGACGUUAACGAGGUCUGAACUUCGACAAUCUGUUGUUUGGAAUCGACUUACGUGCUGAAUUGUAAACUGCGGCCGGCGUUCCUCUGACGGCUGACACUUGACACAUUCCGACUUGGGCUUGAAGAGAAGGCCUACGAUCAUGCGAGCAAUUGCCUCGCUUGUCUCAAUGGCUCUGCCUUGCUCAAAGGAGUCGAAAGGUUUGGCUUACUCGUGGUGCCAUCGGAGAAAGCUCCGUCCGUCCGUCACAAGUGACGUCGCGGUGAAAAAGUCUGUCCUCCAUCGUGUCCAAAUGUACUUUUGAGAUGUUGAAAUGUAUCCAAGUGAACGAUUGUAUUGUUACAAGGUCACAAUGAUGUCACUUCCUGUGCCAACCGAGACAGUCUUCCAAUAAACCGAGCGCUCGGUA